AUGGGAUCCAAAAUUGACCACUCCCCGGGAUUGUACCUGUGGUCGUAUGCCCUCUGCGCUAUCCUGCUCGCGCUCCGCGGCUCGCCGACGAAACUUGAUGUAAACGCUCUGCGCGCGACUAAUGUCGCCACGACGGGUAUUUUCCUCCCUUGGAGGCUUCAGACUCUUUCGGAUGCGGUUCAUAAAGUUCGGAAUACCCGGCCAUUGGGUGCGUGGCUCAGCCACACGGUCUUGAACAUUUGCCUGUUCCCUCCGCUGUUCUUCUUCUCCGGGCUAUACUAUACUGAUAUCCUGGCGCUGUUGGCAGUUGUCGAGGCGUACAACUGGGAUCUGAAGCGGGCUUCUGGAGACCGCUACGCCUUCCUUUCUACUUUGGGUUUCUUGGUAUUUGGCUUGGCGGCGUUGGUAUGCCGGCAAACGAACAUCUUCUGGGUCUCUGUUUUCUUGGGAGGGUUGCAGGCUGUUCGAAAGAUUCGGCAAUCUGCCAAGGUCUGCAAAUCGUCAGAUAUCUCUGCAAUUGUGAAAUGUGGCUUUCAGAAUGAGAUUUAUGAUCCGCUCGUUUCCGAGGCUUCUUUGCAAGAUCAUCUCAAGACGAGCAUUUCUCUAGCAGCUGCAAGCUUGAAGAACCCCUUCUCCAUUGUGGUAUCCGUCAUCCCUCACAUCAUUGUCCUCGGUGCCUUCGGUGCAUUUGUUCUAUGGAACAAUGGUGUUGUCCUUGGCCAUAAAGAAUUCCAUACCGCUGGCAUUCACUUAGCACAGAUGCUCUACAUCUGGCCUUACUUCGUCUUCUUCUCCUGGCCGAUCCUGGUCAUUCCAGUGCUGAAUGUUGCUCUCUCCAAGAAGGUCCUGCCCAAGUACCUCAACUAUGGCUUCACUGAACAACAGCGCAAACUGCCCAAUGUUCUUGCAAUCUUGAUCGUUGUACCAGCCAUGCUCGCUAUUGUCCACUUCAACACUAUUGUGCAUCCUUUCACUCUGGCUGACAACCGACACUAUGUCUUUUAUGUCUUCCGCCUUCUUCUGGGUGUUCAUCCUGCUGUUAAGUAUGCUGCAGUUAUGGCAUACUUCCUCUGUGGCUGGGCCGUGAUCGCCGCCUUUGGAUUCUCUGUCAUUCCGGCCCCUCCCCGUCUCCUUCAAAUCCCUCCUACUGCAAAGUCAGCAUCUGCUGCACCCACGGCCCCAGCAAAGGAACAGUCAAAAGAAACCAGAAAGUCGGCUAGAGCACGCAAGACUCCAUCCAAGAAGGACAGCGCACAGCAGAAGCAGCCUGAUCCCAUUACCCCGGAGGUUCUCGCCCGGAUUCAAGAGUCUCUGAUCCAGCGGCAAAAGCAGCAGCCCGAGUUACCGCGGGUCAGCUUUGUCCUCGUAUGGCUCGCUGCCACGACUUUGUCUCUUGUGACGGCCCCUCUUGUGGAGCCGCGUUACUUUAUCAUCCCGUGGGUGAUGUGGCGCCUACACUUACCGCCAUCGUCCACGCUUGCUGUUUUCCGAAAGCAGAAACCCCAAGGUGAAGACGAAAGGGCUCGCGCCGAUUUUGCUACAAACUUCCCCAAGUUCUUGGAGACCGUCUGGUUCAUUGUUAUCAAUGCAGUCUCUGGCUAUGUCUUCUUGUACAAGGGCUUUGAGUGGCCUCAGGAACCUGGGAAGGUUCAGCGCUUCAUGUGGUGA